AUGGUGGAAUUGGGCAGCUCGAACAAGCUGCAUGUUCUCAACCUUGGGUAUGGCACCAUUCUCCAACUGGUGGAUGACAACAUCCCAGAUCCCCCCGCUGUCAGCUUUGCCAAUGAUAUCCUGCGUCUCAAUGCAAUGUGGGACGACGAUACGGUGCACUGGUUGAACGAGUCCAUCAUCACCAUCCAAGGCCACCCCAUCGCUGUCAAGUACUGGCCAUUGCUCUACCACUAUUGCCACAAUCAGCAAUGGAAGGGCACGAAAAGCAAGUGGACUGACUGGCGGGAUGUCGUCGAACACUACCGGCGGGGCACCCCAGAUCACUUCUGGGCUGACUUCAAGACUGACAGUGUUGAGCGGAUGAAAUUCACUGCCAUUGUCCAGAAACUCUGUGAUGAGCGCAAGGCAGAACAUACCGCAUUGGUGGAGCGCACUCACCGAGAAUUCCACGCUGAGUUCGACGACCUUUUCACUUACCAGCAAGGAGGAGAGGGGCAUGUGAUGACGAAGCCGUCUGCCAUCGCGAGGAAAUACAUUGAGUUGACGACUGGACUUGUGGUGGACGACUGA